AUGGACAAUAAGGUCAGUCUCAAGGACGGAAGGUACACCGUCAAGCUGGAGUGGAUCGAGCCAAUCGACAUGGGCGACAACAAGCAAGUAGCCCUGAUCCGUCAUCAUCGCUUAGAGCGAAGUCUCGAGGCCCGAAAUCUCACACUCGACUACGCCAAAGAGCUAGGAGAGAUGGUGAGAAACUUUACAGAACCAGCUGAGGAGCCUUGCAAGUCACGCAAGUGCUAUUACAUGCCUCACCACCCAGUGGUCCGCAUGGACAAGGAAACAACAAAGAUGAGAGUCGUCUUCGACGCUUCAUCACACGCGACUGGAACCAAACCACUGAACGACAACCUCUUCAAGGGCAUUGUCAAGUGGGAUCUGCUGAACCUGCUGCUGCGCUUCCGCUUUGGCCAGCAUGCCGUCAUUGCCGACGUCGAAAAGGCCUUCUUGCAAAUCAGAGUCGACCCCGACGACAGAGACGCCUUCCGUUUCUGGUGGAGAGACGAAACAGGACAACUCACGACUCGCCGAUUCACAGCUGUUCCCUUCGGCACCAGCAUCUCGCCGUACCUGCUGUACAUAGUGUUCAGUCACUUGUUCAAGCAGAUGGAGUCCAAGUACCCAGCAGUCGUAUCAGUGGUCAAGGACCGAAUGUACGUCGAUGACGUCAUCGUUGCCUUUCAGGAUGCCAAGCCAGAGGAUCUAGAGCAGUUUCGCACCCAGUGCACUGCGCUCUUCAAGGAAGCCAGCAUGAACUUGAGGAAGUUCCGUACAAACCAUCAGCAGCUGGACGAACAGUGGGCCGGCCCCGACCGCGCCGAGAUCGCCAAAGUCCUGGGCCACGCCUGGACUGUACUCGUCGACACGUUUGCUCCAUCGAUUGACAUCGGCCCGUAUCAAACACUCGUCUCACUCACCAAGCGCGAGUUUACUGCCUUUGUGCAGUCUGUCUACAACCCGACAGGAAUCGUAGCGCCAUUCAAUCUGAAGCUGAAACUAGCUCUCCGUGAGCUUUGGGCACUAAAGCUACGAUGGGACGAGCCCAUACCAGAGUCAAAUCUGCAAGAGGCCCUUGGCCUGAUCCGCGACGCCCAACUUGUGAAUAGUAUGGUUGCCCCCCGCAACGUACUACCCGACGACGACUCCGUGCCAACUCUGCGCAUUUACGCCGACGCCA